AUGAAUGUAUAUUACACAAUUAUUUUCCUUGGUUUAAUAUUAGUAUUCUUAAAUCCAGCAGUAUCCUAUUCACUUUAUCAUCAUCAACAUAAACAUCCAAUAGGAAAAAUAUUUAAAUUUCAACAACAAAAUAACAUUAAUGAUAAUUUGCAAACAAAAUUUUUCGAUCUUGAUGAACGAACACGACGUGGUUGGGGUAGUGGAUGA